UUUUUAUUCAUCUUUUUCAUUUGAAAAGCGACAUUAUCCAGGUGGUUAGUGCAUUUCGGCUUAAGUUCAGGUGACCCAACAAUAAUAGCCAUUGCCUACCAAACCGGUCGAGCAAGUCUUUGAGACUUCAGGAAAAACAGAACCCACACUGCGUUUCGUUGUUGUUGUUUUUACAGCUAAUUUGCUAGUAAUGACAUCUCACUUUUAGUAUCCUUUCUGAAUUAUGUUUUCCCAAAUCUUACCGCACUCAACCGUCUUUUGAUGCGUCUGUGGCAUACACCCCUCUCUUCUCAAAUGACCUGUCGAACGACUUUCGGGCGGUGUCGUUUACCGUGAAUAAUUUGUUUACGGAACACAAUACUCUCUACCUGGUGGGGAAGGUGUCUGCUUCGUUUUCUUUUAAAGCUUCGAUUUUUCCAGAAAUCAAGCUCGUCCGACAUUUCAGUCGGCGGCCUUGCGUGUCCAUAGUUUGCUGCUGGUUUUCUGGCAACUGUUUAAUCAACACAAGUUUUUAUAGCACGUUGUAUAUGGACUUGCCUAAGGUCAGGGGUCAAUCUACAUGGUUCAUCUCUCGUUGAGGUCACGACAGGUGGAUUCAAAUCGCAGGUAUCAAGAGGACUUGUUUUGAUCAUUGCCAACCCUACAGGUUGUUCUGUUCUUGAAAAUAUGCGAGGAGGUUUGCUAGAAGGAGCCGCACAACAGCCCAUGCGAUGGAGGAGUUGGAUCACCAGUCCCAAGGUCCUAGGCUUUGCGUCUUCCGCACUGUUCCUCGUACUUGUGAACUACCUUCACUUCGGCGUCAUCCUGAAGACGUGGUCUCCACAGAAACCCCCCGUGGACAGGGAGAGCUGCACCUGUCCGUGUUGGGACACCGUCUUCAAGGGGACCUACCAGAUGGGAAUCAGCGGCUACAAACACAUGUACUUCAACAUCACGCCACAGGCGCUGAAGAUGUGGACCCUGACUGUUGUCGCCAUUCUGUUGGUACAUGAGUGUAUCUGCUACAUCAUCCGCAUCGUUCAAACCAGCAAGCUCAGGCUGUCGAUGCUCGUGUUGCUGUUAUCUGUCAUCCACUCGCACUACUACUCAUGGUGGGUGAUGUGGGGGUACUAUAACGACGAUUUCUACUCGCAGUGGCCGCAUCAGAUGUUCUUCAGCCUGACGGAGCUGAUGUCUACGCUCCUGGUGGUGUGGCAGCUGGAUGAAGCCACACCCCUGUCCCCACGACUGUUGCUCGUCAUCUUGGACAUUGCCCUCCUGCACAUCCUGGCCGGGGGAAUUGACCAAUUUGUUCUCAACGUGAUCUUACGGCGAGGAGAACGUCAUCAAGUGCUGAGAGACCUCGCUUUUAUGUCGUCUGAUGUCAUAUAUCUGAUCGUAGCGUGCACAGAGUUGGCACGCUUAUCGUGUGGUAACGGAAUUACUUUAUCGCUUCUCUGGAAAUCACUGAAGCGGGAUUUGCUGUACUCCGCUCUCGUUAUAACGACCCUGCUCGUGUUCUUAUCGUUCUUAUGACGUAUGUUGCAUUUUUAUCUUCUGAUACGCUAUCUUCGUGGCUUCCGUAAAGCUAAGCUAGUUGAGCUGUAAAUGAGGACAUGUCCGAGCUGCACAAUUUUUGUUAUCUGCAUUUCUGGUAAUACACCAAACGCUGUAAACAUUUGUGUACGUAUAUAAACACUCAUAGUCAGCACUGUAAUAAACUCAUUGGAAAUUUAAACCAUAACUUUGUCGUUCAAAUUUCGUGACCCUGUAUUGAUGAGACAAUAAAAUCCAAUGGCUACCAGUA